UGUGGCUCCCCCGGUGGAGUGGUACGCUCCUGGAGCUGUCAUGUGACAAGUGUCAGUUUGGAUCGGGAAGAGAAGAUGUGGGGAUCGGUGUUGUUGUGUGCGGUCCUGGCGGUGUGCGGACCGGGGCUGGCUCAGGAUGUCCCUCCGUACACAGAGACCUGCAGAAGUGGAACUUACCCCCCCUCAGGACCUACGUUUAAAGGAAAUGUCCAAUGGUAUACCGUAAAUCUGGACCAGCCCCCCUAUGAAAGAUGGCAGAAGCUGAUUAGUGAUAAGAAGGCCCCACUAAAAGAACUAGUUCAGCAUAUCAAGGACCUGGCAAAAUCCAUUUCUCCAAAACUUAUAGAUAUAGUGGAUAACACAUUGCCUUUGCUUAUUGGAAAUCUUCCAUAUCCAUUUGGUGAAGAAAUAAAAGGUGUUGCAGAUGCAGCUGGCGUACCACUAGGGGAAAUUAUGUUGUUCAACAUCUUUUAUGAAGUCUUUUCUGUUUGUACAUCAGUAGUGGCACAAGAUACCUCAGGCAAGUUAAUUCAUGCAAGAAACCUGGAUUUUGGAUUAUUUCUGGGAUGGGAUGUGAAGAACAAUUCAUGGUUGGUCGCUGAGCUCCUUAAACCAAUGGUUGUCAAUGUGAAUUUCCAAAGGAAUAAUAAAACCGUUUUCCUGUCUACAAGUUUUGCUGGAUACAUCGGAAUUUUAACUGGAAUGAAACCGGGUAUCCUUACUCUUACUAUGAAUGAACGUUUCAAUUUAGAUGGAGGAUACCUAGGAAUCCUGGAGUGGAUACUUGGAAAAAGACAAGGGGUGUGGAUGGGCUUUCUAACCAGAAGUGUGCUGGAAAAUGCAACCAGUUAUGAGGACGCUAAAGAAGUUCUAUCGAAAACAGAGAUGCUGGCCCCAGCAUAUUUCAUCCUGGGAGGUAACAAGCCAGGCCAGGCCUGUGUGAUCACACGCAGCAGGAAGUUGUCCAUCAAUUUCUGGGAACUGGAUACUCAGAAGGGUGAAUGGUAUGUCCUGGAAACAAACUAUGACCAUUGGAAGCCUCCUCUAUUCGUUGAUAACAGAAGAGAUCCGGCCAUGAAAUGCAUGAACCAAACAGGACAAAAGGGCAUUUCAUUUACAACAAUCUAUGAUGUGCUUUCUACUAAGCCUGUUCUUAACAAGCUUACCACAUACACAGCCAUGAUGUCAAUUUCUGAGAACAAGUUUGAGGCCUACCUUAGGGACUGUCCAGACCCCUGCAUGCCUUGGUGAUAAGGCAAAUGCUGGAACUCUGCAGCCAUAGAAAAUUGAAGCUUCCAUGGCUUGAAAACUCUUUACUCUCUUCCCAAAGAGACUGCAAUAACAAGCCAUUGUGUACUCUUCUCAUGCGACUCUAGCAGAUUGCACUCCUUUAAAAAUGUAUUUAUAUUAAUAGUGAGAUUUAUCUUUUUUAAGUCUUGGAAGCCAUUUUAACCAAUCAUAUGUCCAAACCAGCGUCUUACAAUCUAAAUCCAAAUGAGCAUAUGUUAUCCGUUUCCUUUCUACAAGCUUAGACAUGUUCUGCAUAUGGUGGCAUGCUAUGAGCAAAGUUACACGCAGAGCAGACAGCUGUCCUAUCACUAAAAUGAAGCCAAAAAGAUUACUAAUAUAUUUCAUCACAUGCCAGCGUGUGGUGUGUGUUGGUGUUUUUUUUUUUUUUUUUUUUAUGGGAUUAGUUCCACGUUAAUGCUUGCAUUAAUACUGAGCAAAUAUUACAGAACAAUUUAACAAAACGGGAAUAUAAUUUCUAAAUGGUUUACUGUACUGUGACAAAGGCAGGGAGAUGUAAAUAAAUUGCUAAUGUUUGUUUUUGUAGAAAAUUGAUAUAAUUGUAUGUUCGGUACACACACACUGUACAAGUAACACGUUGCUGUCAGAAUGUAUACCAGGCUCUCCUAAUCCGUUUAAUAUUUUUGCAUAAUAUGCUUCUCAGUUUUGUGUGCACUAAACAAAACGGUGUAUUGCAGACUUUUUAUCACUCAAAUACAUUAGCAUUGUGAUUUACUAAAGACUACUGCAAUGCAUUGCACUAACCUUAACCCGUGGGAACCUUCAGUCACCAUAAACACCAAGGGGCUUGAUUCAAGUAGCCCGCC